AUGGAAAGUCAUCUAGAUACAUUUAUCUUCACCGGUCUGUCAAACAGAAUUCAGAAUGACUUGAUCGAUGCAAUUCAUAAAGUUAUGUUGAAUGAGAUGCAAAAGGAAAUUGAGCAAGCUAAGUUUGUUUCUAUUCUUGUUGAUGAGACAUCUGAUGUCUCAGCAUAUUCACAACUGUCAACAGUUUUACGUUAUGUUACAGAAGACUGUGUGACGAAAGAACGAUUUAUCGGUUUUAUUGAUGUUAGUGCAGAUCGAUCUACAAAUGUUUUAUCUGAACAUGAUUUUAAAUGCAUUGAGACGUGGCAAUGUGGAAAGAAAUUGAUUGCACAGAAAUAUGAUGGUGCCGCUACAAUGGCAGGACAAUUAGAUGGAUUACAGGGGGAAAAUAUGGAGUCGAUGCAGGAAUCGGAAUUCAGAGAUCCAAGAAUAUAUCUAUUGAGCCCCAACGACAUUAUAGGAUGCUUUAUAACAAAAUUAUCAGUACAAUAG